AUACUUCGCUGAACUAUACACUGCAGUAUUCCGUAUGGCACAAGAGAAGGAAUUAUAGCCCAUAUUUGUAGCCUCGAAUUGGCUGUCAAAGCUACUACUCCGCAAAACCCGUCUUCCACUCCCAACACAGCCCAUGCCUCCCGCGUCCAGAGGGCUUGUCAUACUACGCUUCAUCCGGCAUGCCUCCAGCACGCGAAUCUCUCGUCCCCUCCCUCCUCGACCGCUCACAGCACUCAAAGAGAACGCAAAGCCCAGUUUAUCAUUCCCUCUACGCGCCGAAGAUGACAAGCCAAUCCCUCAACCCAUGCCCUCGCCCUCCCAAAGCGAACCGCCUCCUCCGCCACCUCCACCUCGCAACCCACUAUUCUCAGCCUUCACAUCUGCCACAGCCCGCCGCUGGCUCUGGCGGCUGUUCUUCCUCUUCCCGCCCAUCGCUUUCAUCAUUACCGAGUUCCCCCUACGCAUCGUGACCGUGCGCGGGCCCUCCAUGGCGCCGUACCUGAACACGCACUCUUCCCCCGAACUCCCCGAGACGUCCUUCGACCGCAUCCUCCUCCAAAAGGUGGCCUUCCCGUCACGUCCGAGCAUCAUCCUUCGAAACCCCAAAUUCCAGAUCCAGCGCGGCCAGAUCAUCGUGUUCUACGCCCCGCACGACCCGACCAAAUGGGCCGUCAAGCGCGUCGUCGGGAUCCCGGGAGACCGCGUCCAACCCUUACCGGGCUAUCCAGGCGGUGACGAGCCCGUGGUCGUGCCGUACAACCACAUCUGGGUCGAAGGCGACGCCAACAGCCGCGACAAGACGCUGGACUCGAACUGGUAUGGGCCGAUCAGCCAGAAUCUGGUCAUUGGUUUCGCCAAAGCAGUCUGGACCCCCUGGUCCUGGCCCUGGGAGUGGACCUCGGCGGUCAAGUGGCAGGAGCACGACUACCCGGCCAAGAAGAGCGGGCGGAUCGAAGAGGACGUCGUGGGCGAGGCCAAGAUCAACCCAGACAAGAUCCGCAUGAGCCUGGCGUUCGCCGACGGCACGGCGGAGAGGGAGUUGGUUGCGAUGAAGUCCCGAAGGGACAUGUUGCCGGAUAUGAUGGCCGACCCGAAGAAGUUGGCCAAGAUGCGCACAAUCUAUCGGCAUGCGAGGUGGGAGUUGGAUCAGCAGAACCCAGUGUCGCUGGACGUGGCCCAGGAGCUCGUGGGUGAGUUGGAGGCGGCGUUCGAGAGUGCCGGGUUGUACAAGGACGGGACUGAGCCACCCGUGAAGCCGCCCGUCGUGGCCUCGGCGGACGACGAUGAGUCGGACCUCGAUGUCGAGAAGAAGAAAUUGCUUGAUGAGUAUCUGGAGAGACAACGACAGAAGGACUCGAAGACGGUCGGCAAUGAUGGUUUGAGUACGGCUUAAUCACCACUUUGGCCGCUACUGUACGGCAUCUGGGUUGGUGUCGAGUUUUUCGACUGUUACAUAGCGGCGGCGCUUACGGGGUCACUCUGUAGAAGCGGAAUUACGGUAUAUGGAGAAACUUGAUAAAGAGUCGAAGAUAAAAAUGCGAAAGAGCAAAGGUAUCAGAGCGUGGAACUUGCGGAACGAGCUGCAAUCUAUCUCGUGGCUUCA